GCUCGCCGCUGCCACUGCGCUGCGCUCCGGCCGCCCGCCGCCGCCGGUUGAUGGGGGUGUCCGGCUGAGCCCCGGGAUCCGCCUCCCUCCGCUAGGACCCAUACAGGUGAACGGAUUCUGAAAGCUGUGCUGUAGCUGGGUAAGAAUGGAGGCCCCCCUGGUGAGUCUGGACGAGGAGUUUGAGGACCUCCGGCCCUGCUGUUCAGAGGCUGGGGAGGAGAAGCCACCAUGCUUCUACGGCUCAUCUCCCCACCAGCUGGAGGACCCCUCCCUGUCUGAGCUUGAGAAUUUUUCUUCUGAAAUAAUCAGCUUCAAGUCUAUGGAGGACCUCGUGAACGAAUUUGAUGAGAAGCUCAAUGUCUGCUUUCGGAACUACAAUGCUAAGACGGAGAACCUAGCUCCUGUGAAGAACCAGUUCCAGAUCCAAGAGGAGGAGGAGACCCUUCAGGAUGAGGAGGUCUGGGAUGCUCUGACAGACAAUUACACCCCUUCACUCUCGGAAGACUGGAGGGACCCAAACAUCGAGGCUCUGAAUGGCAACAGCUCGGACGCCGAGAUCCAUGAGAAAGAGGAGGAGGAGGAGGAGUUCAACGAGAAGAGUGAGAAUGACUCUGGCAUCAAUGAGGAGCCACUGCUCACAGCGGAUCAGGUCAUCGAGGAGAUUGAGGAAAUGAUGCAGAACUCCCCAGACCCUGAGGAGGAAGAGGAGAUUCUGGAAGAAGAGGAUGGAGGAGAAACCUCCUCCCAGGCUGACUCAGUCCUGCUGCAAGAGAUGCAGGCCCUGACACAGACCUUCAACAACAACUGGUCCUAUGAAGGGCUGAGGCACAUGUCUGGGUCAGAGCUGGCCGAGCUGCUGGACCAGGUGGAGGGAGCCAUCCGCGACUUUUCAGAGGAGCUGGUGCAGCAGCUGGCCCGCCGGGACGAGCUGGAGUUUGAGAAGGAGGUGAAGAACUCCUUCAUCACAGUGCUGAUCGAAGUGCAGAACAAGCAGAAGGAGCAGCGGGAACUGAUGAAGAAGAGGCGGAAAGAGAAGGGACUAAGCCUGCAGAGCAGCCGGAUAGAGAAGGGAAGCCAGAUGCCUCUUAAGCGCUUCAGCAUGGAAGGCAUCUCCAACAUCCUACAAAGUGGCAUCCGCCAGACCUUCGGCUCCUCAGGGACCGACAAACAGUAUCUGAACACAGUCAUCCCUUACGAGAAGAAGGCCUCCCCGCCCUCCGUGGAAGACCUGCAGAUGCUGACUAACAUUCUUUUUGCCAUGAAGGAGGAUAACGAGAAGGUGCCUACAUUGUUAACAGACUACAUUUUAAAAGUGCUCUGCCCCACCUAACCGUGCGCUUGGGAGCAGCCUUACUGCAGGAGGUCACUGAGCAAGAGUCAUUCCAUCACAGGGACUGCAUGACACCACGUAACCUCCGGCGUGUAUUUAAACGUGUAUAGCUUAACCUGGAUAAACACGAGCAAAUGCGCGGGUUCCUUUGCUGUUGGCUUCUAGUGCUAGUAAUCAUUGGAUGCAUGAUGGGGCGGGGGGCAGGGCCGGUGCCAGUUGCCUCCUCUCCGCCUCGUGUUGGAGGAAGGCAGAAGCUUUCUCGGCUCACUAUGUAGUCUAGCUCCAGCCCUCAAAAACAGCUUACACUCUAAGACUAAUUUUGAAAUAAACCCUCAUUUAAUUAA